CUCAUUUGCUGAUCGCGCCGUCUUCCCCGCAUAGCCAUGCAUGCAUGACAGCGGCAACUGGAACUAAAGGAAACGUCCAUACCCACCUACAUCCACAAUGCCUUCUGACUUUGAAAAUGACUAUGCAUACCUGGGAAGCUCCCUACCCGUGGGUAAGGAUAAGAAGCCCUACAGGACCCCCUCGAACCCAAUGUCGCGCCGUCCAUCGCUUCACCGCAGAGAUUCUUCUCCAGGCCCUUCCUCCUCCCCUCCGCGCUUCAACUCCGGCAACCGGUACGAAUCCGAUGGCCCAAUCACCCUUAUCGAUAUCGCAAAUGAUGAGACCAUUUCGCCCCUAGACCCGCGGCGCUUCACUCCAACCCUACAUGCGUCGCUCGUUUCUGAGAUCUUGUCCUGCGGCGAGACAUGGAGGCGAAAACAAGGGCAAUCGAUUCGCUUGAGAUGACUCUGGAAAAUGCAAAGGCGGAAACAGAGACUUUAAGUGAGACGCUCGCAAAGAGCUCCAAGGAGAACCGUUCGCUGAAAAAGCAGUUACAGCUUCUUGAGGGCGGUUCCCUGUCUGCCAUGACAGAAUUGUCCAAGGAGCGUGACGACGCCUUGGAGAACAUUGCAGAUUUCCGGAAAAGGCUUGAGCAGUCGCAGAAGAGAGCGCGUACGCAGGAGGAUGAGAUUGAACGGACGCAAAGGCUAUGGGAGCGUGAUAAGCAGAAUUGGGAAGAAGAGCGGAGAAACUUGGAGCGUAAAGUCCAUGUUGUGGAGGGACGGCUGAAGGUUGUCCUCAAUGAAGUUGCAGCCGCUCAGGCAGCUGGCUCUUUUCCUCGUAGCGUCGAUGGAGACUUCGACGAUUUUGUUCGGGAUGGCACGACGGCCAGGGCCAGCGAUACUAACAGUGUCCGCUCGAGCAGUGUCCUGGGACGGCGACGCACGAGCACUGCGAGCGUAAGUACUCAUGAUGGUGAUCUGCAUAAUCUUCGGUACUCCGUUAUGAGUCUGGCCAACGGUCAUGGACCCAAGGUCGAUGGCUUGAACCUAGCAGACGAACUUGCCUUUGAUGAGGAAGACGAAGACACAUUGGGCCUAGACGACCACCGACCAGAUUCAAGAUGCACGGUUCCCGAUCACGAAAGGCCCAUGUCGAUGCAAUCACGGCCGAUGAGCAGCAUGAUGGCCCGACAUACGUUGGAUUUUUCGCUUGACGGACAUGAAAGGUUCGGCACUCCCGAUGUACUUGAUCAUCCAAAGAAUCUGGAUGUAAUUCCAGACAUCGAGGAGGAUGCAAAGGCAACCCCGGCUGUACCACAGUUCGAAUACAGAGACGUUGGAAUCCAGUAUACCCCACCUCCAUCCCCUAAGAUCGUCCCUGAACCGGAUGAAGUUAUCGUCGACGAGGCUCCUCUGGUGAAUUGCCCGAACUGUGCAGACCUAGAAAGGAAGCACACAUCCUCUAGUACGGAAACAACACCCAUAUACGAAACAAAGGACAGUAGCACCGUCACCGUGCCUCUCCUCACUACCUCUUCUGCGUGCCAGACAACCGGAGAGCUGCCAAGUCCUCCAUGGACUCCUAAGUUGGACGAAAUUUCAUCAGAGGAGUCCACCCCGUUAGCCUCCCCAGCUCCCUUUAUUGCAACUCCUGCUGUUACAACAGCUUCCAUCUCAACUCAAACCGAUGAUGUAAUUAUCAAGGACAAAGAAACCCAAAACCUAGAACAACUUAUCCGACAGGCAAUGCCAAUCCCUAUGAUCACGAUCGAACCCCCUGGCUCAAACCCACAGUCCGGCAGGAACAGUGUCGUCUUGCCACCGCAAACUAAGAGUAUAUCAUGCCAGACAAACAUCGAACCACUAGUCGAUGUACGGUCAUGUGGCAUGCAAACAGAAGAAAUCCGCGUCGAUAAACGCAGUGCCAAACUCCCCGCCAAACUACUCCCAUCCGCGAUUAUAGACCCACGGAUAAGCCCAGAAUACAUAGAUCUACCAUCACCACCCCCCAUCCAGGCAUUCCACGUCCCUCCAAAAUCCGCAAAAAGGAAGCUUCGGAAACCACCGCCAGUCGAGCCUGCACCGCUAUCAAGGCCGUCCUCGAACGAUAAAGAGCCUGAGAAACUGCAAACACUGCAAGCAUAUCCCGGGAAUAAUGACAAUGGCCCCCUUUCUGACGAUGUAAAGCCAGAGCUUCGACGGCCGUUCAGAAACAGCAGCUUAUUUGCUGGAUUUGAGCACAUCAGUGACGAUGAAUGGCCAGUGCCACAAGGGGACCUGUUUAGCGAUGACGAGCUGUUUAAUCGACCCCUGGCAUCUUACACGCUGAGGGCUGGUAAGCUGGUUACCAAGCCCUCACCCUCAAUACUGGACGACAACCCUCUAGCGGAGCGUGAGGAACACCCAGACACAAAUGAGGAGCAGUAUUCGCCGAAAUCAGUAUCCGAACUAAGAGCUCACAACGGUCCUCAGCAGCGUGCUGUGGCAUCUGGGAAAUCCUCAACUGCCAAACGACCGCCCAGACCCUUGAAAUUGGGCAACGUCGCGAAGCAACCAGAUAUUCGUCGCACUGCCAUGAUCUCUAGCUCUACCGCCGCACAUCAGGCAUUCAGGCCUCGCAGCCCCAGUGCGCCCAGUAUCGGCAGCAGCGCCGCUUCCACUAGUACCGCAACCAAACCUCCCUUCCCCGUUCCCGUGAGGUUGAGUUCGCGCAAGAUCCCUACCAGCGCAAGUGAGGGCGCUCAGAGCCCCACGCCAUACAGCAACGGAAAUUACCUAGAGCGGGGCUUUAGAUCAAGAGAUCCUCCACUUCGUAAAGUACGCUCGGCCGCUGUAGUGUCUAGGACGCAAUAUCAUGAUCGGCAGCAAAGCCAUUCACCACCAACAAUGUCGACAACAUCAACCUGCCCGGAAAGCCCACACCUACCACCCAUGCCCGUCGACGAAAUCACAGCCCCUCGCAGUAAACGUUCUGGUAAACCGCGCUCAAAUCGACAAAUUCCACCCCCUCCCAGAUCCCAUCGAAGAGACGAGUCAAACAAUACCAACACGGGUAUACAGCAGACUAGUGUGGUCGAUGCGAUCGCACAGACCAUGGUAGGAGAAUGGAUGUGGAAGUAUGUUCGAAGACGGAAGUCUUUCGGUAUGACCGAUAAUAGUAAGGAGGGAUGGGAGCUGGGUAAAAGCACCGAAGAGGUCUCCGCAAAUAUCACUGGGAAUGGCGUCAGGCAUAAGAGAUGGGUAUGGCUAGCACCGUAUGAGCGUGCAGUCAUGUGGAGCAGUAAACAGCCCACCAGCGGAUCUGCGUUGCUAGGCAAGAGUGGCCGAAAGUUAACGAUCCAAUCUGUCCUUGACGUCAAGGAUGAUAAUCCGUUACCCAAGGGCUCUAGUCCUAGUAACCAUUUCAACCGGUCGAUUUUGAUACUCACCCCGCAACGAGCACUGAAGUUCACAGCCAUGACAAUCGAACGCCAUUUCGUCUGGUUAACCGCUUUGUCAUUCCUAAGCCACUCGUCGAUGGGUGCCAACGACCUUGCGUCCUUGCCACCGGUCCCACACGAAGAGUAUCGCCCUCCCCCAGGUAGUACACUAAGGCGCAAUCCAAUCCGCGACUCAAUCCGCGUCGCAAAGGGUAAAGCAAGACCCACCCCAGCAAGUUCCAACCGUUCAUUUGCAUCCCACCCGUCCGCCGUCCCUGAGCUACCUUUUGAUGAAGCUCAACAAGGCGAACCUAUCAACGACGUCGCCGAUCCCCCAAAUGUCCCAAGAUUCUCCUCACACUCGCGCAAGCGAAGCAACACAGCACCGCGCCUCCCUCCAAGUGCAUUUAAAAGCUUCUCCAACCACACCACCGCCCCGUCCACAUACAGCACCACAACCGCGUGCUCAUCGGAUCUCUACUCUCCCUCAACCAUGGGGCCAUCGGGCGUGCAGAGCGGCCAAAGCAGUUUUAGUCAUCGCACCUCAGAAGCCAGCGGCCCAUCUAGCGUUGGCAUGAGCAAUUUCUUCGAAGCAGUUGGUACAGUGCGGAUGGAAGCUUUCGUGGAUCGAAAUGAAUUCCCACGCCAACGAGUUGGUGGGCAUGGACAUAGAUCAAGGCAAGGCGGCGGCGGUGGUGGUCGAAGGAGACGGGAUGCGCAUUACUGGCCCCCAAAUAGCCCGGACACGGAGUUUUAUGGUUCCGAAGACGGGGAUGUGCUCUUUCGAAAUGAGGAUCCUUUUCGAGGGUUCUAGAACGGUUUUUGUUAGCCCUCGAGCCCUCGAGCCCAAAGAGAGUAGGGUAGUAGUCUGGUCUCGUCCUUGAUAUGAAUCAAGGGGCGUGUGUAAAUUUAUUUUACAUGCGUUUUGAAGUUCUUUUGCUCCUUUUCUCUUUUUUCCUCCUCGUUGAAAGAGAAGGAUGGGCAACUAUGUAUGAUGCGGAAGAAGGUAAGCAGGACUUCGAUAUAGAAGAAGGGCCAUCAAUUGAUACGAUACCACUGUACAAAUAGUUGUUUGGAAACAAAGCGGACCACUGGCAACCCCAGUUUCUUGUUUCUGGUUUUUUUUUUUUUUUUUUUUUUUUUUUUUUUUUUUUUUUUUUUUAAUGUAUUUUUGUUUCCCGUGUUGAGCUUCCCGCCUUUCAUUUCCCUCGUACUUAUUUAGGUUCAUCCUCUUCGGCAGGGGAUAUCAGCGGUGUUAUGUUUUCAUUUUCAUUCAUUCCUGAGCUCUUCGCCCUCUCUUUAUUCACUCUUCCUUGCAGUUUUCUUUUUCUUUUUUUUUUCUUCAACCAGCGGCGUCCAUGGAUAUAUAUAUAUAUCUUCCUUGCGUUUUCCUUUCCGAUCUUGUUAUUAUAGUAUAUUUUUGUUGGUAUUUUCUUGUAAACCUCCCCCCCUGUUAAUAUACGUACGCAGCGGAAAUUGACGCCGGUGGGCUUUUUGACUGAUCGACCUCAUUCAUAUCUGAUCUUCAUAUUUUUUGUUCCCACUUUUGAUGUAUUUGUUUCGAGGAGGAACGGAUGUCUUGUUUCGCCUUCUCCUCUGCUCUAUGUGAAGGGCCCCAAGAGAAGAGGAAUAUGGUUCAGGAAUCGGGGGAAUACAUAUAUAGAUAGCUUCCCUAAGCGAUCGAGUUUAUUAUAUCUUCGCGUGCGUGACUCCUUCGUGAUAUGGUGACGCCUUUCUUUUCUUUUUUCUUUUCCUUUCUUCGUCCUUGUUGCAUUGGUAUCGUUGUUCUGAUUCAUCCGUUCGAUCGCUCGAUCGAUCCACGAUCAACAACCCACACCAGCCAGCAUAAACGAACGGGUUCCUUGUGAAACUCUGGAACUCGGAGAUCGAUCGAAGUAAAUUGAUUG